AUGUUUACAGGAAUCACUCUAACAGAGUCGGCUGUAUGUCCAAGGUGUCAAGGUCCGCUGCAGUGGGAACAAGUUCCCGCUCCAAGCCAGCCAAUAAAAUCUGCAGAAUUGCAGAUGGGGAAUAGAAAACGCGCUCUGAGCGAUGUCGGCUUCAACGGCGGCGACGAUGCCGUGGCACAGUCUGAGAAGACGAACGUUGGUGCCGGCAGAGAAGACUCGGGAGCAGAGGCGAAAAGCCGCUACCGCAGAGACGGUGAACUUCAAACAGCAGAUAGAAUCUCUCAUGGUCCGACCGAGUCUGGAAGACAUUCCAUCAUUGCAAGAAUCUGUUACAGCUGCAGCGAAUAUGUGGACACCGAUCCAGCAGAGCUGAGCAAUCUGAAAGAUGAGCACACACCACUUCUGCUGGCCGUUUUGGAUUUCUCCAGCGGUCUAGAUCAGGAAUUGGUGUCUUUCGAAGAAAUCCAUCAAGACGUCCGUGUAAUGCUUGAGGCUAUGGAUGAUAUUGUCGCCAACGCACCCUCCAAGGAAUCUCUGGACAGCGGGUUGGGUUUUGGCAAACAAAAGAUCCAAGCGCGUGUUGAUGUUUUAGCGCAACAUGUAUGUGGCUUGAUGACCGCGUUCAAGCGGAUAUAUGUCAAGGUGCGGGUCAUCCCUGCCUUGACCAGUUACAUGCAGAAAAAGGUUCUCUUGCAGACAUGGGAGGCUGCCCAUCUCAUGCUUAUGGAGAUUCUUGUCCUUAAGAGCGACCAGCAGGGAGCUCCCAAUAGCACAAGAUCUGAUGUGGAGGACUUCCCAUAG